GCAAAAACUUUAAUUCAGUGCAGUAGUGGAGAAAAAGCCAACAAGAGUGAAAGUCAUUUUCAAACUGAAAAUUCCCACACAAUAAGCACAAGAGAGAUAAGUAAAGGUCAACCUUUAUAAGAAACAUCACCAGAAACCCUCAAUUAGUUAUCAUCAUGAGUGCACUGGUACAAGUUGGACCUACUUACACUAAAAACUGCCUUCCUUUAAAGUCAUUGGGGCAAAUUUUCUACGAAAAAAUCAAGCAAUGGGAUUCCGAACGAAUCACUUUGAUCGAUUCAGAAGAAGAAAUAACUUAUGGAAAGUUUCGUCAACUUUCGGUACAGUUAGCCAAAGAAUUUCAACAUUUGGGGGUGAAAAAAGGUGAUGUUAUUACGAUAAUUUCACCAAACCAUUGGAAAUAUGUUUUGGCAAUUGUUGCCGGUUUUUAUAUUGGAGCCACAAUCAAUUUGCUCAAUCCUGACUACACUUCAGGAGAACUGAAACACUUCCUAACAAUUUGUAACCCAAGUUUGAUCAUUUGCACAACCAAAUCGUUAACCAACGUCCAGAAACUAGCAAACGAGCUCGAACUCCCUCAAAUUUUGCUCUUUUCUGAUCUAAACAACACACCAAAUAAUUACAACGAGGAAUUAACUCCAAUUGACUUGAACCCCACCAAAGAAGUUGCCCUCAUUUUAACAUCUUCUGGUACCACAGGCUUCCCAAAAUGCGUCCAACUAACCCAUUUAAACCUACGCACAACAAUGUUAUAUGCAAUGGACCCAAACUUCCUCGACUUGAACCAGAACGAAUCAACCAUCGCUUUUUUACCAUAUUUCCACGUUUUUGGUUGUGCUGUCUCUCUUGCUUCGAUUCUAAGUGGUUGCAAAUCAAUAGUUAUGGAAAAAUUUAUCCCCGAUUUGUUUUUGACCAAUAUACAGAAGCACAAAGUUACCAAAUUGUUUGUGGUUCCUCCAAUUUUGCAAUUUUUGGUUAAAAAUCCAAUGGUUGGGAAAUUUGAUAUUUCCUCAGUUGUUGAUAUUUUGUGUGGGGCUGCUGUUGUUGGUAAAGAAUUGGAGGAAAUGGUUCAGGAACGGUUCAAGGUCAAGUCGGUUAGGCAAGUUUAUGGUAUGACAGAAUUAUGUGGUGCUGCGACCAUGAUUCCCAAAAAUUUUCAAAAAUAUGGGUCUUCUGGGAAAGUGAUUUCUUGUACCCAGAUCAAAGUUUGUGACGUUGCAAGUGGAAAAACACUGGCAGCUCAAGAAAUUGGGGAAAUACGAGUUAAAGGGGAUGGAACCAUGAAGGGUUAUUUGAAGAAUGAAGAAGAAACGAAGAAAGCGUUUGAUGAAGAAGGGUUUUUGAAGACUGGUGAUUUGGGUUAUUAUGAUGAGGAAGGUUAUUUCUACAUUGUUGACCGUUUGAAGGAAAUUAUCAAAUAUAAAGGAUUUCAGGUAUCACCAGCUGAGUUGGAGAAUUUGUUGAUACAACAUCCUGCUGUUAAAGAUGCAGCUGUUGUUGGACUUCCUGAUGAAAGAGCCGGAGAGUUACCUUUGGCAUUUGUUGUUAAACAGGAUCAAAAUGUGACAGAAAAAGAAUUGAUUCGAUUCAUUUCAGAGAAUGUUUCCGUCCAAAAACAUUUGUAUGGUGGAGUUAGAUUUAUUGAAAACAUUCCGAAAAAUUCCAGUGGGAAAAUUCUAAGACUAAAACUACAAGAGCUGCUAUGACGUGGAUUAUUAAUAAAUAUUUCUUAUGUGUGUUUAUUUAAGUACUAAAAUAAUAAUCAUUGGUUA